CCUAACGUCAUGAAGCCGCGCCAGUGUUGUGGUACCAAGACAAACAGAAGCUAAAAGCGAGGCUAGUGGUGAAAUUUGGAUGGUGCCUCCUACGUGGACUCUGCACUGUUUGGUUUGGAAGAACUGAAUGAGGUGCUGCUUUUUGCCUCUUCUCUUGUGUGAGUUCUACUGCUGCCGGGAUGGGUCAGCAGAUCUCAGGUCAGGCGGUGAUGAACCAUCUGCCUGAGAAGCUGGUGAAACAUGCCGGAUUGGUUCGUGACAGCGGCUACCUAAACUACGAGGAGUUUCUAGCAAGAGUGGCUGAACUUAAUGACGUUACGGCCAAGCUAGCUGCUGGACAGCAGAAGCACCUGCUGUUUGAGGUGCAGCCAGGAUCUGAUGCUACAGCCUUGUGGAAAGUGGCUGUCAGGGUUGUGUGUACCAAGAUCAAUAAGGAGAAUGGCAUGGUUGAAGCAUCGCGGAUCAUGAACCUGUAUCAGUUCAUCCAACUCUAUCGUGACAUCACCAGUCAGGCAGCUGAAGUGUUGUCUGUAGAGGGUGCCACUAAGGGCCCCUCAACCGAGCUUCCCUCCACUGACUCCUGCCAGGCCAGCAUGUGGAUGGGCAGGCGUAGCCAAGUGAUGGAAGGCUGUGGUGAUGUGGUUCUGUUGGCUUCAUCAGGUGAUUGCUUCCAGCUUGCACCGGAACGGUUUGCAGCCGAGUGUGAAGCAGUGGGAAUGAGGAUCGGCACCUUCAAAUCUGAAAAGGGUGGAGUAGAUUAA